UGUUUACGUUGUUCAUGUGACGGUGCCGUUUACAGCCUAGCGGUUUGUAUAAUCAGCUGAUAAACUCAACAUAAAACUCGAGGACUGUGCAAAAUGUCUAAUAAUCGUGAUAAGAUGCACAAGAUGUUAAUAAACGCUUCACAAACGCUUGUAGUAAUCUUGGCGUGUCGGAAAACACCUAACCUUCUCAGUUUACAAGAGGGAUUAGCUGAAGGCCAGCUGACCCCAGCGUGCUCCACCACUGGCUGGAGCCUGGAGUAAAAUGGAGGCCACAUGCUGGGAUGUGAUGUUGGGGAUCCUCCAGGUGUGGUUGUGUGUACUCAUGGGACUCAUCGUGUUCCCUGCUAUGUUUGGGGUCUCACUGGGCUUCACUGAUGUCUACAUUAAAGUGCUUGUCAAAACACUAGAGUGGGCCACUCGGAGGAUCCAGAGAGGGCAAAAGGAACAGCUUGAACUGCCAGCACAUCUCCCCAAUGGAAUUAUCCAGAGGAAUGAUGGCUCUAUGGAAGAAGAGAUUGAGGACCUGCGGCGUUCUCAUCCAAAACCUCUAAAUGGAGGUGACUUUACACUCUCUGAUGUCUUUUAUUUUUGCAAGAAGGGUGUUGAGUGCAUCAUGGAGGACGAAGUCACUCAGCGAUUCACAUCCGAAGAGCUGGCCUCCUGGAACCUUCUGACUCGUACCAACAACAACUUCCACUUCAUCAGCGUGCGACUCACCAUCAUAUGGGGUCUGGGCGUAUUCAUCCGCUAUUGUAUCCUCCUGCCACUCAGGGUGACCUUGGCUGUUAUUGGACUGAGUUGGCUGGUGAUUGGCACAUCGCUUGUAGGUCUGCUACCCAGCAGCAGUGUGAAAGACUGGAUCAGUGAUCUGAUUCACAUUACAUGCUACAGGAUCUGUGCCAGAGGACUGUCAGCCACCAUCCGCUACCACAAUAAAGAAAAUCGUCCGAAGAAAGGGGGAAUUUGUGUAGCAAACCACACCUCUCCAAUCGACAUUGUAAUUUUGGCGAAUGAUGGAUGUUAUGCCAUGGUAGGUCAGGUUCAUGGUGGAAUGAUGGGGGUCAUUCAGAGGGCGAUGGCACGAUCCUGCCCACACGUGUGGUUUGAGAGGUCAGAGAUGAAGGACCGCCAUGCAGUGGCCAGAAGAUUGAGAAAUCAUGUUGCUGACAAAACCAAGCUGCCUAUUCUUAUCUUCCCAGAGGGAACUUGCAUCAAUAACACCUCUGUCAUGAUGUUUAAAAAGGGAAGUUUUGAAAUUGGAGGCACAAUUUAUCCUGUAGCAAUAAAGUAUGACCCCCAGUUUGGAGAUGCUUUCUGGAACAGUGCAAAGUACAACAUGGUGAGCUACCUCCUCAGGAUGAUGACCAGCUGGGCCAUAGUGUGUAACGUCUGGUACCUUCCACCUAUGACUCGACAGGAAGGAGAGGAUGCUGUACACUUUGCCAACAGAGUAAAAUCAGCUAUAGCACUGCAGGGGGGACUCGUGGAUCUAUUCUGGGACGGAGGCUUGAAGCGAGAGAAGGUGAAGCAGUCAUUUAAAGAGGAGCAACAGAAGAUGUACAGCAGUAUGAUUGUAGGACAGGACUGAAAGUCACACAUCCGUUAAUGUCGAUAUUCUCUGGACUCAGAGUGAACCUGAGUUGACCGUUAGAUAGGAUCAAUGUCAAAUAGUCCUUUUUAUAGCCUUUUAUAACCCCAUGACUGGGAUUUUAUUCAAGAUGUCUGAUCAUAUCAGGUCAAUUCUCUGUAUCUACUCUGUAUGUUUUUAAAAGUAUCACUUCAGACAUAAGUCAUAUGCAGUUUUCCCACAUAGACUUGCAUAUAGUUGCUCCGAAUUAGCAGCAAUUUACACACUGGUGGUGAUCAUGUUUUAACCCUUUUUUGUAGAUGCAGAAACCCAGUGGAAACAUCAAUUCAUAAAUGCUUGUAUUUUCCAUUGGAAACUGUGUGUAGUGCCUUACUGAUUAAACAAGGUUAAAUAGAUUUUAUGUUAAAGUAAUGUUAUUCUGUUACUUAGAUUUUGUGAAACAAUUUCAGUCACCAGAGAGAUAUGAACCAAGUCUAAAACACCAAACCACAUCAGCACAUCUGUAUUGGGCUUUGAGAGACAAACUUGCACAAGGAAUGUUUGCUUUUUUUUUGCUACUUGAUUUGAUUUGUUGGGGUUACCUGUAUUUUCUUAUAAGUGCACUUACCAUGUUUAAUUCUUGCUAUUUCACUGUGGUUUGUCAGCAGUUCCAUUACAUCACAUCCUCCAUCCACUUUUUUAAAAAAUCCAUUUAUGGUUGUAUGUACAUGUCAUUUCUUUAAUACUGAAUGUGAUUUUUGUUUUUAGAGCACUUUGUAUUUUCUUAUUGAUUUUAAAUUCACUGCAUCCUGUCUGAAAUACUGCUCUCUGAUAUUCACACAAACUCUUCUUUUCACGGAAAAAUUCUUUCACGGACUUCUGUGAAAUGUUUGAAUUUCUUGUGGUGGUGUUUUUCCCAGAGCAUUUUAUAAAGCUUAUGUAAUAAAUACAUCUACCCUGUGA